CAACUAUAUGCUUAGAAAAUGUGUCGUACGACAAAUGCAAUAUUAAAUUAAUUGGAUGAUACAUUUAUCAAAUUUUGUAACUUAUGGCCUAUAGACUGAUUCUUGGAAAUAUCGUUUAAGCUCUUUGUAUAAAUAUCUGCGUAAACGAUGCUUAGAUUAAAGGAUUAAACAUGCGCGAUGAUUAUCUUUUGCAAUAUUACGUAUUUGGGACACUAUUUUAACUCGAAUGUAUCUUUGUAUUACAGAUGAAUGCAGUUUCGACUCCACUGUUGCGGCAUCAGUAUCGGCUCUGACAGAAAGUCCGAUGCGGAACAAGAAAUCGGAACAAGUGCCACGUCCGGCUAAGAUCUCUCGUGCUUGGCCGGUCUUCCGACGCGGGUCGACGGACGGCGCCGAAAGAAUCAUCGCUCCACCGACCGGUAAGUCCUUACUUGGAAUUCUCCAUGUCGAACGUAAUUGGGUACCGUCUCCUCGUCCUGGUUUCACCGAGCGAUUUAGCGGUGCGAUCUGUGCGCGAAGGAUUAACUAUGUAACUCGCUUUUAACGGUCGUUAUCGUUAAUUCGAUCGCGCGACGAAUCGAUAAGCCGCGGCGAUUGCGAGGGACGAAACCGGCCGGCGAACGGUCUCGCCCUCGUCCCGAAUUAUGUAGUUUUCCGUCCGAGCACAUUCGAAUACAAGGAUCUAUAAAUUGCGAGGUAUCCUGAGAUAAGGAUCCAUAUUGCAAAAUAACAAAGUCGCCGAAUCGUCUAGACUCUAUGAAUUUCUUCCUGUCGCGUUACGCUCGACGGAAGAAAAAGUUGCGAUUUAAUCCACGCUCGCUCGAGAAAGGGAGCCGGUGAUCACGUGAUCCAAUACGAAGAGCGUUCUUGAACGACACUCGACUUUCGUGAGGAAGGGUGGAAAGGGCGGGGAGGGGAGAGGAUUCCGCGUUCGGACGGCGGAGGAGAGAAGGAGGAGGCUGUACUACGAAGGAUGGAGAGAAACGUUCAUUAUUCUAUUCCGGCGGAGCGAGGCCAGCAAUCUGGUCUUAUAAAAUAAACCACUCUAGCUCGCCCGCGGUCGGCGCGACGCGUCAAAUAAAUCGUAGCUCGCUUCUUAUGAGCUUACUUGCAAUUUCAAUCCUGCCUCCCGCCUCGAUCGUCCACCCGCCCGUCCUCUCUCUCUCUCUCUCUCUCUCGCUCGAUUUCCGAAUCUCCCGUCUCGCUCUCUCGUUUCGCAUUCGCAUGAAAUAAAUUUUUCGUGGGGCACUUGAACGCGUUCCUGCUCACGGCGGAGUGCGCAGGAAAGAAUCGAAAGGACGAAGGACCGAGGAAAUACAAUGCGCCGCACUGUACACAUGUUGCACAGUUGUUGCACCGAUCGAGGACGCUCGCAUUGAGAAGACGCCAGUCAGAGCUCCGAUUUUUGUUGCGGUUAUAUGCCCAGGUCACGCUCGCUCAUUGUCAGCCAUACAGAAGUAUUUAAGAGAGCCCUACGAACGUGCACUUUUGCUCGGUCUUUAGCGAAGAGAUAUUCAGAUCGAGGAUUUGUAAAUUCAAUAGCACAACCUGUGAGAAUGUUUUGGAAAGAUCUUGGAAAGUUUACAAGACUAGACUGCACGUCAAACGGUUAUUUGCGCGAAACCGAUAACCGUUUGGGGGUUCGGUGAAACGUCUGAAUCUUGUCCCGGAGAGAGACGUUAAUCAGCAAUUUCGCAAGAGAGACCCGGCUGGAUGUCACCGGAUGCGAGGAAGACUCAUGCGUGCCACGCGAUCGCGGACAAUACGGGAGGCAGAGAAACCGCGCGUGUAAUUCAUCUGGAGCGUGUAUAUUAUCGUUCGCGCCGGACCUGCUCGGCCCGGCGGCGUUUUGCUCGUGUAAACACCGGAAGCGAACGCAGUUGCUCGCUUGAUGAUUCGCUCGAGACAAUCUCUCCGCGGGCACUUCCAGUCCAUCUCGCGUGCCGGGUUUAGGUGUAAUUUAAGAAAAAGCGCCGCGCGUUAAAACCGACGAUUAUUUUGGUGCCCGAGUCAAGCGGCGAGGGAAGG